AUGACAAUUGAGACAACUUCUAUUGAGACCCGAGCUAAUUUAGUUUUCUAUUUGACUCCGGCACCAACCUCUUUUAUUCCAGAAGACAAUAUAACAAUUGAAAACAACAAUUAUAGACUUUAUGGAGUUAUCUGUCAUAUUGGGACCAAUUUGUCUGGGCACUAUUUUGCUUAUACUUAUUGUGAGGCUGAAAAUUCAUGAGUUGAGUAUAACGAUUCGAUGGUUUCUUUUGCUGAUAAGCCGAAUUUUAGAUGCGCUUAUAUGCUUUUCUAUAAAAAUAAAAAUUAA